AUGUCGACGUCGAUUUCGAAGAGGCAAUUCCUGAUUGCCUUUUGUGAGAAGCUCGUCCGCAAUGCCGUGCGCCCGACGAUGGCUGAACCAGCCUUCAUUUCUGCUUUGCAAGCCACGCUUUUCUCGACAUUCUUGAUGUGCUCCCGCCGUUCAUCGCCAUUGGAGCGGAAAUUCCGGGACGAAUUUGCACCGAGUGAGAGCUGCAAGCCAGACCGCCGUUGUCUUCUUUCAUCGGCCUGGAAUUGUCCGUAUCAGCCGCAAUUUCGAUCUUGCCUGAAGCAAAAGAUGCAGUACUAUGCAGGUCUGGUCAUAGUCGAAUCGCUGCUCGAUGCCACCCUCGAUUCACACCUCGACUCGCAACUUCAUCGGCUGUCACGAUCGCACGCCUUCUCAACGGCGCAUCGGGUCCACGAAGCGAGAACGACAAGCUUCUCGCUUCCUCGCUUUCCUUCCAGUCCCCAUCUUUUCCGAGACUUCUCUGUCGGCUGGCACUCGCUUCAGCGCUGCUCUUCCACCGUGACGACAAUCGCGAAUUGCGGCUAG